ACCCGCUGAAACCCUGAACCGCGCUGAUAACGGAGGAGUAAAUCCGCGCACGAGCAGAAUUCUCCUCCUUUCCGUCAACAGCAACUCCGUCCAUAAAGCCGGGAUCGCGUGCUCACCGGCCCCGCUGCGUGCAUUCACUCCACAUAUCAGCACGGUGGUAAAGUGCUACUAUAAGAGUUGCGUCUGCUGCCGUGCCACCCCUGUUCAGGAAACUAAGAAACGACAGACUAAGAAAAGAAGGCAAAGAGGAAGCAAGAGUAAAGUGGAGAGGGGAAGAGCCAGAGAAAAGAUGUGACAGCUGGUCUCUUCCAACAGAACCCUGGCUACGAUGGACAGCUGAAUGCACGGGCUAAAUCUCCACACUAUCAGCCAUGAUGGUCCCAGUUCUGUUUUUGGCAACACAGAUAUCCUCCACUCAGGCCACUGGAAACAGCACAAAUGACAACCAACCGUCCACCAGCUCUCAUAUCCUGCCCACACUGCUCGUACUCUCACUGCUAGUGCUCAUCGUGGCUUUGGUAGCAUGUUACUGCCUCAGGUUCAAAAACCGCCAAAAAGCCGACAUCACUGUAGUCGACAAGAAGAUACCAAAUGGCAUUCUGGAAGAACAAGAGGCACAGACGGUGGUUUUGUUGCCGAGAUUGCCCUCCACGUCCAAAACCUAUGUCCCCAUUCCUGUAGAAAACCUGGAGGAAGAGUACCGCAUCCGAUCGGCCGAUGAUGGGAAACUCUUCCGAGAAGAAUACAACUCAUUACCAGGCGGAAACCCACAAGGCGCAUACGAGGAGGCAAAUAAAGAUGAUAACAAAGAGAAGAACAGAUACCCCAAUAUUCUCCCAUAUGAUCAUUCCAGAGUGGUGCUGACACAGACAGACGGCGUUCCACACUCAGAUUAUAUAAACGCUUCUUAUAUAGAUGGCUACAAAGAUAAAAACAAAUUCAUCGCAGCACAAGGACCAAAACAUGAGACUGUUGCUGAUUUUUGGAGAAUGAUAUGGGAGCAGAAAUCAGCUACAAUUGUCAUGCUGACCAACCUGAAAGAGAGGAAAGAGGACAAAUGUUACCAGUACUGGCCUGACAAGGGGUGCUGGACGUAUGGGAAUGUGCGAGUCGCUGUGGAGGACAUCACUGUGCUGGUCGACUACACGAUACGCAAAUUCUGUGUGCAAUAUCAAGCUAGUGAUGGCUCUAAAACCCCUCGUUCGGUCACGCAGCUUCAUUUCACCAGCUGGCCAGACUUCGGCGUGCCCUUCUCCCCCAUUGGCAUGCUCAAGUUCCUCAAGAAAGUCAAGCAGCUGAACCCAUCAUAUGCAGGUCCCAUCGUGGUGCACUGCAGUGCUGGAGUUGGAAGGACAGGUACCUUCAUCGUGAUUGAUGCAAUGAUUGACAUGAUGUAUGAGGAACAAAAGAUCGACGUAUUUGGGUUCGUGUCCAGAAUCCGAGACCAGCGAUCACAACUUGUACAGACAGACAUGCAGUACUCGUUCAUCUACCAGGCCUUGCUGGAGUACUUCCUGUAUGGGGACACUGAGCUGGACGUGUCCUCUUUAGAGGGACAUCUGCACAAACUGCACAACACCUGUGCACCACACGACCGUUUGGGGCUCGAGGAAGAGUUUAAGAAGCUGACCAACAUGCGGAUUAUGAAGGAAAACAUGAGAAUGGGCAAUCUACAGGCGAAUAUGAAGAAGAACCGUGUGCUCCAGAUUAUUCCAUAUGAUUUCAACAGAGUGAUCCUAUCCAUGAGGAGAGGGCAGGAAUUCACUGACUACAUUAAUGCUUCUUUUAUUGAUGGCUAUAGGCAAAAAGACUACUUCAUAGCGACGCAAGGUCCUUUACCCCACACGGUGGACGAUUUCUGGAGGAUGGUCUGGGAAUGGAAAUGCCACUCCAUAGUCAUGCUGACAGAACUCCAAGAGAGAGAACAGGAUAAGUGUUGUCAGUACUGGCCCACAGAAGACUCAGUAAAAUAUGGAGACUACACAGUGGAAAUCAAAGCUGAUACUCAGUGUGAUGACACGUUUAGUCUCCGAGACCUGGUACUCACAUAUGACCCGGAGAAGGAGACACGAUUGGUCCGUCACUUCCACUUUCACGGCUGGCCGGAGAUUGGAAUUCCGGCGGAGGGGAAGGGAAUGAUCGACAUCAUCGCUGCGGUGCAGAAACAGCAACAGCAAUCAGGCAACCACCCCAUCGUCGUACACUGCAGUGCUGGAGCGGGUCGGACCGGUACGUUUAUUGCCCUCAGUAAUAUCCUGGAGCGUGUGAAGGCCGAGGGCCUGCUGGACGUCUUUCAGACUGUGAAGAGUUUGCGAAUGCAGCGGCCACACAUGGUGCAGACUGUGGAACAAUAUGACUUCUGCUACAGAGUGGUACAGGACUUUGUCGACAUUUUCUCAGACUAUGCCAAUUUCAAAUGAUGAAAUUUGCCUUAAAUGUUUCUGUUCAGUGUUUUUAUACCAGUUGGUCAGGAAUUUACGCCCAUAACUGGAUAAAAUUUGCUUCUAUUUUGCUAUGCACUUGUCCUCUAAAAAUCAUAUCUAUCUGUAAUAUAAUGUCAUAUACUAAAGCUACACAAGGGUUUGUAACUGUAAGUAUGUUCUGUGUCUUUCAUGCCUCAUCGUAUCAUUCCAUCAAGGUGUUUUAAACACAGUUUUGAUUUUGUUUAAUCAUAGGUCUUAAUGACUUAACAGUAUAAAUUUUUUAACCUGUGUAAAAUUUGUAAAGCUGUAGGUAUUGUAAAUGUAUUUAUGUAUUAUUGCUUACAGUCCAUUCUUACAUAUUUUACAAAUGUUUAUGUUAAUGUUUGAACUUUUAUUUAUUUAGAUGUGAUGUCAUACAUAUUAAGACGACUGACAUCAUCCGUAUUGUUCUUUUUAAUGUAUUUUUCUUUAAAAUCUAACAACCAUGAAUAUGUUUCAACGAAUACCUUCAAAACUCACAAAAGUGAGUCUAUCUUGUGAAAAAAAGAGACAGAUUUUGUAUCAGAAUUUGUAUCAGAGUGAUUUCAAACUCAGUGAGACAGGGACCGGCCCAUUUUUCAUUCGCAGCAUCAUCAGCAGCAUUUCUUCUACGGAACUGAUCAUUUUGUAAACAGUAAGGUUGAUGGUUGAUACCUGUCUGAAGGUUGAAAAAGCUGCAUGGGCUUUCAAAGCACACUGAUUAAUGAUCAUUGCACAAUGCCAAGGAUAUACAAAUGAAAUGGAUUAUUAAAGAAAGAUAUAUACAA